AGACACACAAAAAUUUCAUUCUUUCCGGCCGAAUGCCACGACGCGGUGCUCCGUCUUCCAAUACAUUGAGUCCCCAGGAUUCGUCCUCAUCGAACGGUCCUGCAUCCCUUCGUUCCAAUUCGCCUACCGCAGGCAUCACCCAGUUCCUUUCCAAGCCUUCGAAAUGGUUCGGACGCAGCGUUUCCUCUCCAAAGUCAAGCUCUGGUAGCUCAACAGAGCCUAGGGCGAGCAAUUCGUCGGCUAGAAAGCACAAAAUUUCCCACCCCACUGAUCCGAGACCAAUAUUGGACGGGUAUGCUGGUUCUAACGCCAGGUGAGUCGCUUAUCAUUAUUCAUUUGGUCGCCGUUGACGCUUUUUUGCCGCCUUAGGUCUGUGCUAGAUCUCUCGGUACGACCGCCGAAUUCACUUGACAUAUCCCCCUUUCACCCUCCAAGCUCGCCGUCUACCCCCAUCGUCUCCUCGACUGGUC